AUGAGCCCCCGGAUAGAGGAGGUGGCGGCUUCCCUCAUCAGAGAGUUCCUCAGCAGGAAGGGGCUGAAAAAGACACGUACAGCUCUAGAUGAUGAACUGCCACGCACGCAGCACAGCAUCAGUAGCCGGGAUGAACUGAGGGCCGUGUUACACUUGGAUUCUUUGUACAAGGAAAACAAGUUGGCUGAGAAACCCCUAAAAACGUACCUGGAAAUAAUGGCAAAGAAUUUUCUUGAUAAGAAAACAUUGAAAAUGGAAGAACAGAAUGCAGAGUGCACCAAGUUAUUUACCCAAGGACACCAGAAGAAAGCGGCAGUGAGCUCAAAUCUGGCUGUGUAUGACAUCUCUGAUGAGGAAAGCAGUAGCAGCUGUGCUGUAUCUGAGACCAGUCACAUUUUAACCCACAAGGUCGAGGACAGCACAGCAUCAUCACAGAAACAUAGAUAUUUGAGACCAUCAGGAGAUGUAAGUAAAAAAGCAAACCAUAGCAUGAAAAGUAGCAGCUUCUCUCCCGAGGAUGACUUGAAGAAUAUAAAGGAAAAUAAUUGGGAGACCGCAAAGAUUUCAGACUCUCUAAAUGAACCAAAAAGUGCAGCAUCUGAGAAUGGGAGACCUAAAUCAAGCAGGAUUGUCCGGGGGAUGAUGUCUGGUCCCAUCUCCAGCUCACAGGAGGACUCGCUGAAAAAACGAUCGCAGAGACGGCCAUCUGCAACUAAUCCUUCAGCGCAGACAAAAAAUGAUCCCCAGAAGAAUGAGCUCAUUGGGAAGAUGGAAGAGCCCCUGAGUGAUGGUCCUUCAAACCCAGCACUGCAACUGGGGAAAGAAUUUUCUGCUAAACUGCUGGGCUGUCCUCCGCCUAGAAACCCGGCUUUGAGCUCCACCACUAAGCAGGAUGAGCAGCCCAGAAGUGGACCAGAGACUGCGGACAGCACUAGAGAUGCCUAUCUUAGCUUCAAACAAAAGUUUUCUUUAGAAGCAGAGCAAGAGAAGCAGCAAAGGCCACAAAGAAAGAGUGAACCGUCCUCAAAAAGAAAGACGACAGGAUCUGUUGUGAAUGACAAAGGCAGCCACAUGAACGAUAUGAAGCUAGAUGAUGUUGAAGAGGAUUUAUUGGCAGACGAUACUAUAGGAAUUUCAGAGGUCAUCACACGGAAUAAAGUUCAGGUGGAAGGAAGACCUCUUGAUUUGCAGCAAGCUGUGGAGCUAAAAAAUCUGCUGUUCGGAUCUCCUUUGCGCUGCUUCAGUGAAGAAUGGAAGAUUCAAAGCUUCACCUUCAGUAAUAUUGAACAUUUAAAGUACGGCUUUGUGCAGAAAAAGGGGGGCCCCUGCGGAGUUUUGGCUGCAGUUCAGGCUUGUUUGUUAAAACACCUAUUGUUUGGGAGAGAUUCUGAUAUCAGGUGGGCAUUGCGUCCUUCAGAUACCCUUCGAACAAGCUGCCUGUACACAGCCAUCGCUGACAUCUUAUGGCGUGCUGGAGACUGUAAGCAAGCAGUUGUCACUUUGUCAUCCGGGAGGCAGCAGUUCACUCCAGCUGGGAAAUAUAAAGCUGAUGGAAUCCUAGAAAGUCUCAUCUUGUACAGCUUUAAAAAAUAUGAAGAUCUUUUGACUUUUCUUCAGCAAAAUCCUAAUCAGUUUGAACGUGGGCCUUUUGGUUGCAUUCUGCUGACAGUGUCUUCUGUCUUCUCAAGAUCUAUUGAUCUGGUCCAGAGAGACUUUGAUGUUCCCACUAACUGCCUAAUUGGUGCUCAUGCUUAUUGUACACAAGAGCUUGUCAAUCUCAUCCUGGGAGGUAGAGCCGUGUCUAACGUGUUCAAUGACAUCAUGGAGCUUGAUUCUGGGAAUGACAACACCACUGUUCUAAAAGGGGUCUCCAGCCGCAGUGAAAUUGGCUUUUCUCUCCCUCUUUGAACAUUAUAGCGUGUGCCAGGUUGGUUCCUAUCUCAAGACCCCGAAGUAUCCUAUCUGGGUGGUCUGCAGUGAGAGUCACUUUAGUGUCCUAUUUUGCUUGAAGAAAGAUUUGAUCAGCGACUGGAGAGCGGAACGAAAGUUUGAUUUAUAUUACUAUGACGGACUGGCCAAUCAACAGGAGGAGAUUUGCCUCACGAUUGAUACCUCAGGGAAUUAUGUAGAAGAUGAAGACAAUGAAUUGGUUCCCCCGCUGGAGUUCUGUAUCAGGACCAAAUGGAAAGGUGCUGUUGUAGACUGGAAUGGGACAGACCCCAUUCUUUAA